ACGAUGUUCAAAAGACAAAUUUCCGCUUAAUUGAAGAAAAACAGCAGCCUAAUGAGUCGACGCAGAAGACUCUGGCAUUCUCGGCAACGGGCAACGGUACACAUACACGCGCAAACUGUAACGCCUGUGUACACUUGCACAUGUAUGUGCGCAUACAUCUUCUGUUUCAUUUUAUACCGCAGUAGUGUCUAACGCCGUCUGCUACAUAGCUGACGUUAAAAUACCUAAUAAGCACGUAUACAUAUAGCAGUAGACAGUUCAACGCAUCGACGGCAUUGACGCGCGCACGACAGUAGCUCGUAGUACAAUAAUAAUUUACUCAGCGCGAAUUGAAUGUUCACGACCGAAUACGAACAAAUUACGCCAAGCCUAUGACGCUGAACGUGUGCCAAGGGACUCGCGCAUCGUGUAUGUGUGUCGUGCACUCGAUUAAACAAUGAUGAGCAAACUGCCACAACAACAACAAAUAUGUCAUUUGUGCGUAAACACGUCGGCAAAAGCUCCGGCAAAAUCGACUACAAAGCUCGCCUCGAGCACAAACUCCACCUGGCCAAGAUGAGCCCAUUGCCUAUCUAUGAUAUAUCAGAAUGUAACUUAGAAAAUGUGCCAUCGAGUACAUAUGUAUUAUGCCAGGUUUUCAGAAAAGAAGUGUUGCUCAUGCAUAGCAAUAAAUUGAAAUCACUCUCAGGUGGAGGUGCCUUAAAGAACUUAUCUCUCAUUACAACCCUAGAUUUGCAUUCCAAUGAAUUGACUACUUUGCCUUUUGAUAUUGUUCAUUUGGUAUCAUUGAAGGAACUAUAUUUACAAGAUAAUAGUUUGACUAAACUGCCAAAUGAUAUUGCUCUUCUGAAGAAUCUUUCCAUAUUAAAUUUAUCGAACAAUAAGCUGAAAUAUCUACCUGAAACUAUAGGAGAACUUUCAAGCCUUACAUUUUUAGACUUAAGUCACAAUAAAGGCCUGCACGAGCUACCCAAAUCAUUGGGUCGUGCUCAACUCAUCACAGAUUUAAAUAUCGAUGGAUUAAAACUUUCCUAUCCUUCAGAAAGCGUACUAAGUGGAGGAACUAUUGUGAUUAUAGCUUUUUUAGCAAAUGAAUGUGGUAUUGACUAUGCUCCUGAAGAUUUUUUAAAUAAGACUGAAGUACCUGAUAUUAUUAACCAACACAUUUUACACAACGAAGAGGACAAUGAUCUUCAGGCCACAUUAAAGAAGUUAGAGAAACUGAAGGAGCAAAGACAAAAUGCUUUAAUUGAAGUUGAAGAAAAUAUUAAGUAUCAAAAACAGCAAGAACUUGAAUUGCAAAGUAAAUUAAAAGUUAAUAAGCAAAAACUUCUAGUUGAUUUGGCUAAUCAACAAUUUCACUUGGACAAAGAACUUGAAAAAGUUCAGCAUGAAAGAGAUUCUAAUAGAUUGAAAUUAUUAUCUUUUAUAAAUGAUGCUGAACUGGAAGCUGAUAAUGUGAUAAAAGAAUUUCUUCAUACUACUGAAGAACAACGCCAAAUUCAGGCUCAACUAUUUGAAAUAGAAAAAAGAGAAGAGAUGGAAUUUCUAUCUAGAAGUCACUCGAAACAAUCAUUACAUCGAACUAAAGACACAUUAAUCGCUAUGAAAGAUCUAUUAGAAGAAGAACUAAUUAAAGAAAAGAAAUUAGCAGCAUAUACAGCUUUUAGAGAUAGUACUGCUCAAUCUUUAUUGAGUUUAGAAGUUGAAAGCAAUGACCAAUUGUUGCUAAUCAUGCAAGAUCAAGAAAGAAAUCGACAAGAUUUAGUAAUUCGAUUAAAAGAAGAUGAAAAAUUACAAAAAGCAGUAGUAGCUGCUUUACUUGAGCGCAGUGAUGCUAGAUCAUGGAGCAUUAUGCAACAAGUACAUUUAGUACAGUCACAGUUAGCUGCUCUGACAAGUAUAGAGUUGGAAAGAAAAAAAUUGGAAGUUAAUCAGCAUAUUAAUGAUAUCGCUGACAGAAGAGUAACAUUGAGUGAGAUUUUAUUAAGCCUCUUAGACCAACAAGAGGAAAGACGACAACAACUUUUGGAUACUAUAAAGCACAUUGAAGAACAGAGAAACAAUUCAUCUAGAACUGAUAGCUCAUUUUGGUUGUUACAAUAUCAGACAUUAAUAGAAACUCGGCCUCAAGGGCUUUUGGAAACAUUAGAUUCAUCUUUAGUCCGUCAUGUGGCUAUGGCAGGAGUAUUGCAUUGUUUACCUUUGUUAUGGACGCUACCAUCGGUACUUUUAGAUUUAAAUGAAGAUCAUUUGAAAUCUAUGGGUAUCAAAAGUGAAUUUGACAGAUCAGCAAUUAUAAAGGCAGUAGAAAAUUAUUUAAAUGAAAAAAAAUUAAACUCUCGAGAUAGCUGUAUUCCAUCAGCUCCACUAGAAAUGGAACCUUCAACCAGUUCUACGAACCAAGAAAAUGUGAUAGAAGCUACUGCACCAACUGAAUGCAUAGUUUGCAUGGAUUAUGAAUGCGAAGUCAUAUAUUUACCAUGUGGUCAUUUUUGUUGUUGUGCUAAAUGUACAGAAAUGAUUUCAUCAGAGUGUCCUAUGUGCAGGGCAAAAAUUGUGCGCAGAUUGAGAAUAACAAGGCAAUAAUUUUGCUUCAAAUCAUGAACUAUUCCAAAAUUAUUAUUAAUAUUUUGAAAGUUUAAAUUAUAAAUGAGAUUAUUAUACAGCAAUAUUUAACAUUUUUAAA